AUGAGAACACAGCUACGCCUGCAUGCAACUCGUUCCUGCGCACCUAGGCCCUGGUGCAUCUCUCGUCCCCAAAAGCCCGCUGCAACUUUGCCAAGGCUCCGUGCUUCCUUGCAAGCAACCGCGUCCCUGAGCGCCUCACCAAACAUGUCCUCACCCUCAAAACCAUUAGUUGUUGUAGGAUCAGUGAAUGCAGACCUCGUUCUCCCAAUAGAGCGAUUGCCGAAGCCAGGCGAGACGCUCGCGGCAGCAUCCAUUGAAACCGUCCCCGGUGGCAAGGGCGCCAACCAGGCUGCCGCAGCCGCUCGUGCAGGCUAUCCCACCUUCUUCGUGGGGCAGUUCGGCAAGGACGAUCCUAACGCCACCCUUCUCCGCGGCGCGCUGAAUGGCUGUGGUGUUGACCUCACACAUGCCCAAGACGUCGCCGGGCCCUGCGGCACUGCCCUUAUCCUCCUCCAGUCCGGCGGCGAGAACUCCAUUAUCAUCGUUGGAGGCGCCAACCAAGCCUCCUGGAGCCUCUCAGAACCCGUAAAGCAACUCCUAGCGACCGCGGGUGCCGUACUCUUACAACGCGAAAUCCCCGAACAGGUCAACAUCGAGGUCGCACGUCUUGCGCACACCGCCGGCGUCCCCGUCUUCCUAGACGCUGGCGGCGUGGAGGGCCCUAUCUCUCCCGAGCUCCUGUCGUACCUUGCCGUACUGAGCCCCAACGAGACCGAGCUCGCAAGGCUGACAGGCAUGCCUACAGACAGCGAGGACCAGGUUCUUGCAGCUGCUGGCAAGUUGCUUGACGCGGGGGUGAAGGCGGUGCUGGUGAAGUUGGGAGCCGAGGGCAGCCUGCUGCUGCCGGGGCGGGGCGAGGCGCCAGUACGGCAGCGGGCCUUCAAGGCGCCGGAGGUUGUGGAUACGACAGGCGCUGGCGACUGCUUCACGGCCUGCUACGCAGUAGCGCUGCUGCAGGGCUGCCCACCGGCCGCGGCGCUGCGCUUCGCCUCUGCGGCCGCCUGCCUGUGUGUGCAGCGGCGGGGCGCCAUGCCCUCGCUGCCGGCCCGUGAGGAGGUAGAGCUGCUGCUGGGGGCGGAGAAGGAGGAGUGAGGGAGGGUAGGAAGGGUAAAGCCGCAGCAGGAAUGAGGGGGGGGAGGGAGGUGGCAGCAGGAGGAGGAGGAGCAGGUUAGGAGGAGGAAGGCAGGCUGGGCAGGGCUGGGCUGGACUACUGGCAGGGUGGAAGAGGCACGAGGCAGGUAGGGAGCGAGGCAGCGAGCUGAGGAGCAGGAGUAAUGGCGAGCAGCAAACACCGUUUUGGGAUCCAAACUAGGCAAUAAGAUGCACUGGGAGCUCGGGGCGACAUGGUGCAGAUGUCCUGACUGGUUCCUGGUUGUUACUCGCUGCGGUGGACCCAUAUCAUAUUUAAAAAGGGGGUGUCGUACUAAACAUUUUUAAGGGUUAAGGAAGGGCUGGUAAGGUAUGCAGGUUUGGGUUACGACUAACUGGCGUGCUGGUGAUAUGGUGUCAGGUCAAGGCAGGGCUGCGGUCUCAUCUUAAUACCGCAGCAAGUAGUGUCUCAUUGGCCCAAGAUUGCGUACGGGAUUGGCUACCGG